AGCCUUAAUUACUCGGAGGUUCCUCCCGUACCAGCAUAUAUAUAGCGCUCGCCCACCGUCGUUCCUUACCAACAUCAAAUUUAGGAACCGCCUGCCAAGUAGAAACAGCGAACAAACAGCGAUCCAUCUUUCUCUUCGAGUUCUUGGAGCGAGCGACCGACAGGCAAGGCAUGGCGACAGCCGGGAAGGUGAUCAAGUGCAAAGCGGCUGUGGCAUGGGAGGCCGGGAAGCCGCUGUCGAUCGAGGAGGUGGAGGUGGCGCCGCCGCAGGCCAUGGAGGUGCGCGUCAAGAUCCUGUACACCGCCCUCUGCCACACCGACGUCUACUUCUGGGAAGCCAAGGGGCAAACUCCUGUUUUCCCUAGGAUCUUAGGCCAUGAAGCUGGAGGUAUUGUUGAGAGCGUGGGAGAGGGUGUGACAGAACUAGUGCCAGGUGACCAUGUCCUCCCUGUGUUUACUGGAGAGUGCAAAGAGUGUGCCCACUGCAAAUCAGAGGAGAGCAACUUGUGUGACCUCCUCAGGAUCAACGUGGAUCGUGGCGUGAUGAUCGGUGACGGGCAGUCCCGCUUCACCAUCGAUGGAAAACCGAUCUUCCACUUUGUCGGGACCUCAACCUUCAGUGAGUACACCGUGAUUCAUGUAGGGUGCCUUGCCAAGAUCAACCCCGAGGCUCCCCUCGACAAAGUUUGUGUUCUCAGCUGUGGUAUCUCAACCGGUCUUGGUGCGACCCUCAAUGUCGCAAAACCGAAAAAGGGUUCGACAGUGGCGAUUUUCGGACUUGGAGCUGUAGGCCUUGCUGCCAUGGAAGGUGCUAGGAUGGCUGGCGCAUCAAGGAUCAUUGGAGUGGACUUGAACCCUGCAAAGUACGAACAAGCUAAGAAAUUUGGAUGCACAGACUUUGUGAACCCAAAGGACUACACCAAGCCAGUGCAAGAGGUGCUUGUGGAAAUGACCAAUGGUGGUCUGGACCGGGCCGUGGAGUGCACUGGCCACAUCGAUGCCAUGAUCGCUGCCUUUGAAUGCGUACACGAUGGGUGGGGCGUGGCGGUGCUGGUUGGCGUCCCCCACAAGGAGGCCGUGUUCAAGACCCACCCCAUGAACUUCCUGAACGAGAGGACACUCAAGGGAACCUUCUUCGGCAAUUACAAGCCACGCACGGACCUUCCCGAAGUCGUCGAGAUGUACAUGAGGAAGGAGCUUGAUCUGGAGAAGUUCAUCACGCACAGCGUGCCCUUCUCGCAGAUCAACACGGCGUUCGACCUCAUGCUCAAGGGGGAGGGCCUGCGCUGCGUGAUGAGGAUGGACGAGUAGAUUUGGUGCUUCGACGUAUAUCUCUUUGCUUUAAAGAUUUGGUGGUGCUUGACAAGCAAAAGAGAAAGGAAAUAGUACAAGAAGAUUUUCCUUUUGAGUAUAAUAAUAAUGUACUAGUCGUCAUAUGUUUUAUUUUAGUUCUAUGGACACACAAAAUGAACAGCUCUGCCUUUGUGGACACGAUUUGGUAGUUUCAAUUGUGUCAUCGGCAAAUUCCAGUUAACAUGUUAAUUCCAAAUAUUCUGCAACAGUAAUGACAGUCUGCAGUUUCUGUGUUAACACUGGCACCUUCCAGUGCAAAUUAGGUCUGCUAUCUUCUCUUAGUUUUUUGUUUGCAAAGUGCCAAUUUUCUGGAGUUGUGGACCUUUCCAUCAGGAAGAAGGAAUAAAGAUAUCCUCCGUAUA